GUCCAACUUGCGUAUUGCCCUUGCUCCAACCCAUUUCCUCUUAAACCCAACAUGCCGCGCUCCCGUUCCGCCUCUCCGCGCCGCUCAGCCUCGCCCGACCGCAAGUCAAAGCAACAAUGGAGCCAGCGCCGGCCGAAAGAGUUGAGCUUCUACAAACGCUCGGCACGGGACUACGGGCAGCCGUCGUCCGGCCGCGCCCUCGAGCCGGAGGAAGAGACGGCGAAGGAGCGCGCGCAGCGGCGCGAGCGCGGCGAAGUGCCGCGCCGGUUCGGCGGUACGCGCGACCAAGGCGUGCGCAACACGAUGGGCAACGUGCAAGCUGCGGCGAUGGGGAGCCUCAAGCGCACCGUUGACCCGCUGGACCGGAUGGGCGUGAAAGGGAGUGGGGGCGGGAGUGGGCGUGGCGAAAGGGACAGAGAGAGGGAGCGCGACAGGGACAGGGACAGGGGACGCGACAGGCGCGACGAGCGGCAGUACGAGCGCGUCGAUGAUGGCGAUUAUCGCCGGCCGUCGGAUAAGGCGGACAUGCGGCAUCCGGACCGGCGCGAGCGCGAGGAUAACAAGGACAAGGAGAAGAAGGACGAGGGCGAGAAAAAGAUCCAGCAGGUGUCGGGGAGCAAGGUGCGCGCGGGGCGCAUGAUUGAGGUUAUUGCAAACGACCGGAUGGGGCGGAAGGUACGCAUCAAGUGCUUGCCGUCGGACACGGUCGGGGAUCUCAAGAAGCUCAUCGCCGCGCAGACGGGCACGAACGCCAGCAAGAUCCAGCUCAAGAAGGCGUAUAUCAUGUUCAAGGACCACGUCAAGCUCGAGGACUAUGAGAUCAACGACGGCAUGGGCCUGGAGAUGUACUAA